GGUUGCGGGGGGCAGGCGUCGCCAUCGUUUUGGUAACAUCUACGAGCAGGUUUUUGUUGGAACGCCCUCGGUUCUGCUAGAUAUAUCUUGAGAGUUGUUAAGGAUACUGUGAUCCUGUGUGACUUUGCAUUGCAAGCAUGGCUCAGAGAACUGGCUGGCCAAGAGGAACCACUCAGCCUAACUUAAAGAGCCAGUUUUCAGAAUCAGCUGGCUCCAGUAAGACAAUCAACCUGUACCCGCUCACCAACUACACGUUCGGCACGAAGGAGGCGUUGUUCGAGCGCGACUCGUCGGUGGCGGCGCGCUUCCAGCGCAUGCGCGAAGAGUACGAGAAGCAGGGCAUGCGCCACAGCGCCGACGCCGUCCUGCUGGUGCACGAGCACGGCCUGCCGCACGUGCUGCUGCUGCAGCUCGGCUCCACCUUCUUCAAACUGCCGGGCGGCGAGCUGCGGCAGGACGAGGACCCAGUGGUGGGCCUGAAGCGGCUGCUCACCGAGAUCCUGGGCCGGCAAGACGGCGUGCCGCAGGAGUGGGUCAUCGAGGACUGCAUCGGCACGUGGUGGCGACCCAACUUUGAGCAGCCGCAGUACCCCUACGUGCCGCCGCACAUCACCAAGCCGAAGGAGCAGAAGAAGCUCUUCCUCGUCCAGCUCGGGGAGAAAGCGCUGUUCGCCGUGCCCAAGAAUUACAAGCUGGUGGCGGCGCCGCUGUUCGAGCUGUACGACAACGCGCAGGGUUACGGCCCUCUGAUCUCCUCGCUGCCGCAGGCGCUCUGCCGGUUCAACUUCGUGUACCAGUAGCGCGCCAGUCGCCGCGUGACGCCACCUCGCACUGCUCUCGCCGGCGGCACUACUGCGUUGUGUUGGGGCGGGCAGCGGCACGCUGCCGCCGCGGGACAACGCGCCGCAUUCAUCGCGACCGCACCGACUAACGGCGACGGUCGUCUCAUCUGGGCGAGGCCGGACCUGAAGAUCAUCGCUUUGUUUCGCUCAUAUUAAAACGAAGGCGCGUGGUUUGUAUCAGUGUGAUUCCUUGCGCGGGCAUGCUGUGUGCAUCUUUCGUGUCGUGGUUUACUGACCGUCGUGGCUCUCCUUUUGGCUCGCCGGAAUCCACCUUGUAUAAGCUGGACGUGUUACACGGCCUAGUUCGUGGCAAAUAAACCAAUGCAGCAACGUGA